AUGAAGAGAAGUCAGCAAGGAGAUGGCGAUGAGAGGAUGGCUGAGCAGGAGGCAGGGGAUGAGGGGCUGAGGCUGAGGAGGGACAUGGGCCUGUGCUCCGGCAUCUUCAUGUCACCACAGGGCGUCUUGGUCUACAUGGGCAGCCCCGGGGCCAGUCUCAUAGUCUGGGCAGUCUGUGGCCUUCUGGCCACACUGGGUGCCCUGUGCUAUGCUGAACUGGGGGCUCUGGUUCCCGAAUCUGGAGGGGAAUAUACCUGCAUCCUACGAACUUUUGGCUGCUUACCCACCUUCCUGGUCAUCUACAUGUUUGUGCUGGUGGGCAGACCAGCCACCAUCGCAGCCAUCUCGCUGAGCUUUGCCGAGUAUGUCCUGGUCCCCUUUUACCCAGGCUGCUCCUCGCUGCCCCAGGCCAUGCUCAAGGUGGUGGCUGCCACCUGCAUCCUGCUGCUGAUGUUGCUCAACUGCUGGAGCUCGCAGAUGGCUGCCCUGCUGAUGAACGUGUGCACGACCGCCCAAGUGUUCUCCUUGCUGGUCAUCGUGGGGGGUGGCGCCGUGGUGCUGGGCGAGGGCCAAGGCUGCAUGGAAGCCCUCCUGUCCACCUUCCACAACACGUCCCAGCAGGCCAGGCGCAUCAGCAUGGCCUUCUACCAGUGCUUGUGGUCCUUUAAUGGCUGGAAUAGCCUCAGCCAGGUGAUGGAGGAACUCAAGAAUUCAAACCAGAACCUGGUGUGGGCACUGAUGAUCUCCAUCUCAGUCACUGGCCUGUACAUCCUGGCCAACAUCAGUUACCUGCUAGUGCCCUCACCCAGUGAAAUCCUUUCCACUGAUGUGAUGGCUGUGAGCUGGGGGGGUGACCAAGUUCUGGGGGCCUGGGCCUGGCUGGUGCCCUUGGCUGUCGCCCUCUCGUCAUUCGGCUCUGUCAAUGGGUCAUUCUUCAGCAGAAGCCGUGUGUCCUACGUGGCUGCCAGAGAGCGCCACCUGCCCCAACUUCUGUCCAUGGUUCACGUGCAUCGCCUCACUCUAGCUCCAGCUCUGAUGUUCACCACAGCGAUGGCUUUGAUCCUGGUCAUCUCUGGAAACUUGAACACCAUCAUGAGCUUCUUGAGCUUCCUUGGCUGGCCCACCUAUGGAAUCACCUUCAGCUGUCUCCUGUACUUGUGGAUAAAGAAGAAUCUUCCCCGACCUUACAAGGUCCCCAUCAUCAUCCCUGCCACCAUGGUCUUUGCAUCUGUCUACCUGGCGCUGGUGCCCAUCGUGGCCCAUCCCCAGCCAGAGUUCCUGUAUGUCUUCCUGUUCCUGCUCAGUGGCUUCCUGGUCUAUUUCCUGUUUGUCUACUUCCGGUACCAGCCCGAGUGUUUGCAGGUGGUCACCCUGCAUCUCCAGCUGCUCAUGGAAGUUGCUCCAACCACGAAGAAUGCUGACUAAAGGACUGGAUAGGUUGGCACUGCCCUCGUUGCUGUAGACACCCCUAUCUGCACACAAGAGGCCUGGCCAGCUUCUCUGUAGGUUAACUAUGCAUAAUCCUAAGAAGUCCCUAAAGUGCCAUGAUGCAGGUGAUGUGGACUUUGGGGUUAUCUGCCCAGGACAGUGUUCUUCUCUUCUGUAAGAGCUGCUCCAUCUUCACAGGUGGAUCUCACAGUCAUGCUGGAAUUACAUGACUGUCUCCCUAGGUCACAGUUAUUUGAUAUUUCAGGUGGACAACUUGAAACACGUGCCCUUCUUUUGAAAUUUUGAGACUAGAAUUCUGAUGGUUGCUUGAGCUGAGGAAUUGUAAAUCUUGGGAUCUUCCAUGAUGUGGGUAGAGAAGUAGAGAAAGCCACCAUGGAGAGAAGAAUGAAGAAUAUGGGACUUCCCUGGCAUUCCAAUGGUUAAGACUAACAACACAGAAGGCAUGAGUUCGAUCCCUGAUAUUGGAGAACUAAGAUCCCACAUGAUAUGUGUGUGGCCUGGUCAACAAGGAAGGAUGAAGGAGAUACAUAGUGAGAUGGUGUUG